AUGUAUUCGCCCAAUCAUGCUCGUCAAAUUGGAUUGGAAAAAACCAUUAUUGAAUAUUUAAUAAUUGAACUUAGUGGUCCACUUUCACUUAUUGAACGUCCAGCGUUCAUCAAAUUCAUGCAACAUGUUGAUUCAAGAUUUACAAUGAUUAGUCGAAGAACACUAAGUUGCACGACGUUACCAAAUUUAUAUUCAAAAAUGGUGAAUGGUCUAACAUCAUUUUGUUCAAUGGCUACAUUUAUGUCAUUGACAUUAGAUGUGUGGACAGAUAGAAGACAAAGAGCUUAUUUUGCUUUAACUGAUACGAACGAUAAUAAAUGA